CGCUAGGUCUUCCGGAACAAGCGCUUUCCUGUUUUGUGGGCCAGGCUGAACCUCCUCAGUCUCCGUAGACGGUGGGUCCGUAGUACCGCUCAAGAUGGAAGUGAAUCCUCUCAAACAGGAGCACCUCUUGGCGCUGAAAGGUUUGAGAGCCGCGCUCUAGAAUGGAAUGGAUACCUGGUACAUCACUCUUUCUGAUCAGUGCUCGUGCAAUCACCAGACAGAAUUUAACCGCAGGAGCUGAUGUGCGGACUGUUCUCGUGAUGCGGUUGACUAAGCCUACUUUAUUCACCAAUAUUCCAGUGACUUGUGAAGAAAAAGACUUACCUGGAGAUCUCUUUAACCAACUCAUGAGAGAUGAUCCUUCGACUGUUAAUUGUGCAGAAGUUUUAAUGUUGGGAGAAAUGUUGACUUUACCACAGAAUUUCGGGAACAUAUUUUUGGGAGAGACCUUUUCCAGUUAUAUCAGCGUUCAUAAUGAUAGCAACCAAGUUGUAAAGGAUAUAUUGGUAAAAGCUGAUCUUCAGACAAGUUCUCAGCGUUUAAAUCUUUCAGCCUCCAAUGCUGCGGUGGCUGAACUUAAACCUGAUUGUUGUAUUGAUGAUGUAAUACAUCAUGAAGUAAAGGAAAUUGGAACACACAUCUUGGUGUGUGCAGUGAGUUAUACAACUCAAAGUGGAGAAAAAAUGUAUUUUAGAAAGUUCUUCAAAUUUCAGGUUCUCAAACCAUUGGAUGUGAAAACCAAAUUUUACAAUGCAGAAAGUGACCUCAGUUCUGUGACUGAUGAAGUAUUUCUCGAAGCCCAGAUUCAGAAUAUUACAACCUCACCCAUGUUUAUGGAGAAGGUUUCAUUGGAGCCAUCUAUAAUGUACAAUGUAGCAGAACUAAAUUCUGUGGACCAAGCUGGAGAAUGUGCGUCUACAUUUGGAUCAAGAGCCUAUUUGCAACCAAUGGAUACACGCCAGUACUUAUACUGCCUAAAGCCCAAGAAAGAGUUUGCAGAAAAGGCAGGCAUCAUUAAGGGAGUAACUGUAAUUGGAAAAUUGGAUAUAGUAUGGAAAACAAAUCUGGGUGAAAGAGGAAGGUUACAGACCAGCCAACUUCAAAGAAUGGCUCCAGGUUAUGGAGAUGUUAGAUUAUCUUUGGAGGCAAUCCCAGAUACCGUAAACCUAGAAGAACCUUUUCAUAUUACCUGUAAAAUAACAAACUGCAGCAGUGAAAGGACUAUGGAUCUUGUUUUGGAGAUGUGCAAUACCAAUUCCAUCCACUGGUGUGGCGUUUCAGGAAGACAGCUUGGAAAGCUACAUCCAAGUUCCUCUCUCUGCCUUGCCCUUACUCUGCUGUCUUCAGUACAGGGACUGCAAAGUGUUUCCGGCUUAAGACUGACAGACACUUUCCUAAAGAGAACAUACGAAUAUGAUGACAUUGCACAAGUCUGUGUGGUAUCUUCGGCCAUUAAAGUGGAAAGCUGAAGAAAAUUUCCAAUGUUAUGUUUUCCAUUUAGUUUCUUCGAACUGCUUUCUAUAUUUUUGUCAGCUUUGUUAAAUGAUCAAUUUAACGGCAAAAAUAAGUAUGUAUUAUUUAUUUCUUUCCUGUAAAACUGAUUUCUUUAAAAUAUUAAAUAUUUGUUUUAAAAAGGA